UGAUUAAGAUCUAGGCAAAUACUGCGAAACCAUAACAAUAAACGGCGAUAAACUAACACAACGAUAUCUGUACUAGUCGCUUUUAAAAAAACAAAGUGAAUUGGCUCGAAAAUAUAAAAUAAAACGUUGAAACAAAACCGGUUUCUAGAUAUAUUCAAUGCCAAACGCCAUCUAUGUCGAUCUUUCCAUCAUUAAUUUAGGAAUCUUCGCUUAAAAAAGGAGUAAGACAACUAGUUCACAGAGCAUUCCAAACAUGACGGACAGCCGACAAAUACCUAGUGCCCAGGUGGUAAUGGAACUGAUGUUGCACGAAGCAGCAGCGAAUGGUGACGAUAAGAGAAUCGAGGAACUGCAAGUUUAUUUAAAAAGAGGAAAGAUAUCUGUUAACCAAGCUGACGUGGAAUGGGGAAACAGAACUCCUUUGCAUUGUGCGGCUGAAAGAGGAAACCCAAGAUGCGUGAGACUUCUUUUAGAGUCAGGUGCAAAUCCCUAUGCACGAAUGGUCGGAGGAUGGACCCCAGCUCACUGCGCUGCGGAAGCUGGCCACUGUGACAUUCUGCAGACGUUAAUCGACUUUCAGACACCAGUGGAUAUUAAAGAUGACAACGGCGAUAGACCAAGACACAUUGCUGAAAUUUAUGGACAGAACGAGUGCGUAACAUUAUUGAAAAGAGCGGAAAAGCAUCCAGUGGGACAGUACUCGUUCAAGAGUAAGAGACUUUGGGGAACCGUGCAGUCCUUUACUGAGGAUAUACAGGAAAGUGUCAGGCAAAAAACGAUAGAAAAAAAAUAAUGUGGAUGUAAGAUUCGAUGUUGAAAAGACUGACCGUGGUAUAUGACAGCGAAGGCGUAUACCUGUGUCGCUGUGAGACCGAAUAUUAUGUUUACAUAAAGUUCCGAGCCAUGCAUGGACAGGUCAUGAUUAUAAAUAGCUUCAUGUAUGUGACAAACAUCAAAAAUCAUGUAAAUACACAUUAGUAGUAGAAUCAACAUGGCGAACAAAAUAAAUUUGCGGCAAAAUUAUGCGUCUCAACUUCCCAUUGUGGCACCUCGGCGACGAAAUAAACAAAAAACUAUACUUUGUGUUAUCAGACUUUGUAAAAAAUACCUGCAUAUAGAA